UUGAAUUCGUAUAUUUGUGAGCCUUGGGUAGGAACUGUAUUACAGGUGGUGCAUAUACGCACCUGACCAACUUUGAGAACUCUAAAUACUCAAUGUCCAAGGCCUUUCAAGGUCGUAGGAAAUACAGCGCGGUCAAGUUUUGGGGCCCAACUUGUACUGUUAAGAUAUGUCAAAGUCAUCAUUACCAGUGGAUACUUUCUUCAAGAACUUUCGAUUUUUGAAAAAAACUGUUAUAGUUAACAAUGAUGACUAUAACGGGGCUUUCAGGUCGAUCAAUAAGAUAAUAAAUGUUGAUAAGGUAAGGAGUACGGUCAAUUUUCAACAACGUUAUGAAAAACCAACUGAUUGGAGACGAAGAUAUAUGUAUGAACGGUGUAAACGUGUGUAUGACUCUGAGAUGUCAAGAAAAAUUUCACUUGUUAUACGCACACAUAGGGUUGAUCCAUGGCCUCGUUGAAAACUAGUCAUUUGUUUAGUUGUAAUUCUCUGUUGUACAGACUUAUAAUUGUUAGAUUUUGUUAAUAUAAUACAAUUUUGUUUGCUGAAUUGAUAGUUUUAUUUCUUUCACAUUUUAUAUUCAGAAUUAAGCUACUAAGAAUAGGAUGUGUUAAAAUAAUUAUUUUUCAAGAGGAUUUUGAUUAUGUAGAGCAAAUAGACUUGUGACAUUUGAUCAUGAAAAAAAUAUUUGCUUGCUCUUUGUAAUGUAGUGUUGUAUUUAUUAGAAUUGGAUGUAUAUUCAUUAGAUCUUCAUAAAUUGUGUCAACUUUUAUUAGCUUUUAGAUCAUUUUCAUGUUUGAUUGGUUAGAUAUGGGUGGAAGUGUACCUAAAAUGCACAUUAAGAUCGCGCUGGUCAAUUAUUUGAACAUAAAAGCAUAUGUAUCAGUCCAAAUUACUACCCCGUGUAUUAACACAACGAGAGGAAAGUAAAGUAUUCAAAAUAAUACCAGUAUAAGUGAUAGCAGAAGUUAUACAUAAAAAAACAGUUGAAGAAGAGCAAGUGAAAUGAAGUAAUAAGAAGUACUAAGUAAUAUUAUGUAUUAAUAUUUAAGAGUUAAAUAAUUAGUAAAUUUGCUCCAUUGCGAUCACUGUAGUUCCAAGUCGGCACAACCAACUGAAGUAUCCUCAUUCUGUCGGCUUUUAGCGUCACUUAGUGUUACUCUUUGGAUGUGAGAAAUGCUUCAGGGGCAGUACUGACUUAUCUUCAAAUAUAUGUCUAGAAGUAUUGCAUAAACAGGUAAUGGACCAUAAUGUUAUCAAGUUAUAACAGUUCCAAUUAUUGUGAUUAUAUGUUAAUCAGAGGUAGUCCAAUCGGUGUACUAACUAAGAAUUCCCAGAAUAAUGCAAUUUAAGGCAAACAGAACUCGCGUGCACAAGUGAACAUAUUAUAUUUGAAGUUCGGAUUAGCUGCCGAAUCAGUAACAAAGGAAUCAUCAGUUAGUGCAAAUACCAUAGAUUAAUAAGUAGUAAUGUUUCAUGGUCAUUUUGUUUUCAAUCACCGCAGUUAAAUCUCCACACUGUAAGUGUAAGGAGCCAUGUAUAGUGACAAAGCUGAAGAUUAGAGCUGCCUGUUAGUUAACUCAUCCCGUUUUAUAGUAAAUACAGUUAGUUGCUAUGCUGAAGCAUUGGGUUAAGUAGUCACAUCACACUACUUAGUUAUUAAUCUUUGACUAACUCUUUAAAAUCGGAAACGGAUGAAUGGAGCAUGAAUCACUGGAUGCUAUUUAUAAUGAUCAGUAUCCGACAUCACUAUGCGCAUUCAAGUGACAUAAAUAUAGAAUGGUAGUUUUGACCUCUAAAGAUCGAACUAUUAAACGGUGUGUCAAAAUAUUAACGUCGAGAAAGAUAUAUACAUAUAUCUAUAUAUGUAUAUAUAUAUCUAUAUCUAUCUAUCUAUCUAUCUAU